AUGGCGCCCUCCAAGACGAGAACGAUCAAGAACAAGCACGCCGCCAACGGCUCUGGCAUCAAGAACAGCAAGGCGGUGGACAGGAAGACCGUUCCCGAUGGCAUCGUCAGGAAAUCCAGAGACACGCCCAAGGGGACCAAGCCCCUCAAGGCCAAGGGCAAGACGAACCUCGAGGCCCUGCUGAAGAAGCGCAAGAAGAAGGUCUACACGGAAGAGGAGCUCGGCAUCCCCAAGCUGAACAAAAUCACGCCUGUUGGCGUGGAGAAGCCCAAGGGCAAGAAAAAGGGCAAGGUCUUUGUCGACGACAGGGAGAGCAUGAACACCAUCCUCGCCAUGGUCCAGGCCGAGAAGGAGGGCCAGAUCGAGUCAAAAAUGAUGAAGGCGAGGCAAAUGGAGGAGAUCCGCGAGGCGCGCCGGGUAGAGGCCGAGAAGAAGGAAGAGGAGAAGAAAUCGAAGCUGGAGGAGACAAAGGACUCCCUGCGCAAGAAGAGGAAGCGCAACCCCAAGGCCGAGAACGAGGACAACAUCAGCCAAUACGCGAGCGCAGGAUCCAAGGCCGCCAAGCCCAAGAAGAAGAAGAGCGUCUCCUUUGCGUGA